AUGGUAAUCGGAAGCGAGAAGGCAUUUCUCCGUGUUGAGGCUGCUCAUCAACUUACUGCCAGUGAUUUGGCUCCAUUUCUACUGCUAAUUGGUACCACCAUUGGAACCUUGUAUUGUCAAAAUAACGGCCAACACUGGAAACAGGAGAAAAUAGUUGAGAUGAAAGAGACGGGUUUGGUAUACGUGGCGUAUAUGCUUGGGGACCGGAUUAUAGGGUUUAUAUCCAUUAUGUUGGUAGUUGACUGUGGAGAGAAAGCUCUCUACCUAUAUGAGAUCCACAUUGAUCCCGAUUUUCAAGACAAUAAACUCGGCUCAAAGUUGAUGGGAAAGCUCCACCAGCUUUCUUUACAUUUGGAUGCACAAGAAGAUGAUGAACUUAGUAGCAAACGGACGAGUUUGACGGUGUUUUCAGCUAACGAAAAGGCUUUGAAAUGGUACAGCAAAUUGGGAUACCACCGUUCACCAGACUCUCCCAAAGACCGAAGACUCCGAAGCGGCAAACUUGUGAAGCCCACUUAUUAUCUAAUGACAAGAACAAAUGAAACGAGUCCCAUGUUCCAAUGA